UGCGCACUUCUGAAGUGAAAGUAGUCAGCGUCAGUCUUCUCUAAACAGAUAUUUUGUAAACUGUUAACAUUGUCUGCUGUUUUCGGAUCAACAUCAAUAGUUUUGUUGUAGUAAAAAUGCAGUGUUUUUGUAACUUGUGUGUUUGUAGCCUGAGCUCUCUCAGACGUCGCAUCGUUUAAAGUUUAAUUAUUCUUUUGGUCGAAUGUGGAGGAAUAUGACUCUUUACAAAACAACAUUAUUUUAUGUCUUGUCAUUAGUCGUCAUGAAAGGUGUGUUUGGUUUUGAUGGAGAUGAAGUGAAGUCAGUGUCAGUGAUGGAGGGAGAUUCUGUUACUCUACACAGUGAUAUUGCUGACAUACAGAGAGAUGAUCAGAUACUGUGGAUGUUGGGACGUCAAGAAACACGUAUAGCUGAAAUAAAUAAAGAGGGAAAUGUUCUUAGUGAGGAUAAUGGAACAUUCAAAGGCAAACUACAACUAAAUAAUAAAACUGGAUCUCUCACCAUUACAAACAUCAGUAUUACACACUCUGGUCUUUAUAAACUAACUAUCACAAGUAGAAGAAAUUCAUACAAGAAAUUCUAUGUUAUUGUUUAUGCUCCUCUACCCGUUCCUUUCAUCACCUAUGAAUCUUCACAAUGUCCUUCAUCAUCAUCAUCGAGCUCAAACUGUUCCUUACAAUGUUCAGUGUUGAAUGUGAUAGAUGUGAGUCUGUCCUGGUAUAAAGGAAACAGUUUAUUGUCCAGCAUCAGUGUGUCUGAUCUCAACAUCAGACUCUCUCUAUCUCUGGAGGUUGAAUAUCAGGACAACAACACAUACAGCUGUGUACUCAACAAUCCCAUCACAAACCAAACUCAACAACUCAAUAUCAACAUCUGUCAGCUGUGUCCAGAGCCCUGGCCCAUGAUGCAGAUAGUUGCUGUUACAACUGCUGUUUUUUUGCUGAUGACUAUAGUGUGUGUGAUGUGCUUCAACUUAAAUAAGUUCACAAACAGAAAUCAUAUUCAAUAAGCAAGUAAAACCACUCUGUUACUUAUCUGUUUUUGCUUAACACAUGCUUACUGGAAUGAAAAGCAAGCAUGAAAUGAAGUUUGUUUAGUUGGUUAAAGUUUGGUUGCUAAAGACAGUAUUAACGUUUUCUCUUAAUUAUUUAAAUCAAAUGUGACAUGCUAAUAUUACAGUAGCAUUCAAAUAUUUACAAAUGUAUUGCCUUCCAGUAAGUCACUUCAGACACCUCUGGAUUCUCAAUAGAUUUUUUUGUUUUAUUCCAGUAAAAUAAAAUGUAAUUAAACUGAUAAAUAACCAACAAGUAAAUAAAAUGAAAACCAUA